AUGUCAGAUAAAUUUGUUCCAUAUCAUUUAUGUGAUAUUAACAAUCCUCCAGCUCAUCUUGAUGGCAAUCAAAAAUUGAAUUGGAUACGUGCUGCAAAAAAAGCGAAGAAAAACUAUCAAUAUCAACAACAACAUCCAGCACUUGAUAUACCAACAUCAUUUUACGAAAUUAUAUAUGUAAAUAAAUAUACAACAACUGAAACAAUGCAAAAAUUAAUUAAUCAUGUACGAAAUUGUAAUGAAUUUACAUUUGAUACUGAAGAUGAAAAAUCAACCAAACAAUUAGCAUUAAUUCAAAUUCAAACAAUACCUCAACAAUUACCAUUUUUUGUUAUAUUAGUAGAAUGUGCACAUUUACCACCCAUUAAUUCAUCAAUUCAUUUACAAAUUAAACAAUUAUUUGAAUUAAUUUUUAAAUUUAGAAAUAACAUAUAUUCUUGGGAAUCAUUACGUAAGGAAAUUUAUCCAGCUAUUGUUUAUCAAUGGUUUGAAUGGCCAAUUAAAACAUCAGUGGUUAAUUUUCAACUUAAAUUUGCAGAUUGGUAUAAUUGGACACUAUCUCAUUGA